CAUUGGUCCCAAGCAAGGACGACGUCGUUUGUUAGGCGUGCCGGCAUCAACCAAAGCAACCAGGUAUCCAGUUGCAGCCGUAAAGAUCCAGUGGGCAGAUCCAACCCCCCCCCCCCCCCCCCCCCCCCCCCCCCGAUCCCACGUGAUUCGCGAGAGUCAAAGAUCUACGUUAUUUUGGAUUCCGAUGGGUUUCACCGGUAAAACCACAGAUGGCGAUUCCGAAUCAAUCCUCCUCCUAUCCUCCGACGCCCCGGCCACCGCCACCACCAUAGCCACAACCACCACGGCCACCAAAGACGCAUUCCACUUGGCCUAUAUAAUCUACUUCACCCUCGGUUGCGGCUUCCUCCUCCCAUGGAACGCCUUCAUCACCGCCGUCGAUUACUUCUCCUACCUCUACCCGGACGCCAGCGUCGACCGCAUCUUCGCCGUCGCCUACAUGCUUGUCGCCCUCUUCAGCCUCCUCAUCAUCAUCCUCUACGCCCACAAGUCCGACGCCUUUGUCCGGAUCAACGUCGGCCUCGGCAUCUUCGUCCUCGGCCUGCUCGUCGUCCCCGUAAUGGACGUCGCCUACAUCAAGGGCCAGGUCGGGUUGUACGACGGCUUCUACGUCACUGUCGGGGCGGUAGCGCUCUGUGGUCUGGCCGAUGCGUUGGUCCAGGGUGGGGUCAUUGGCGCCGCCGGUGAGUUGCCCGAGCGCUAUAUGCAGGCUGUUGUUGCCGGCACAGCCGCUUCAGGGGUCCUUGUUUCUUUUCUGCGGAUCAUAACCAAAGCUGUAUACUCUCAAGAUUCAGAUGGCCUGAGAAGCAGUGCAAACCUCUAUUUUUCUGUUAGUAUCGUGGUUAUGGUAAUAUGCAUUGGUUUUCACAAUGUAGCUCACAGACUUACAGUUAUUAAGUACUACAAAGAGUUGAAAGUUCAGGCUGUAAAUGAGGAGAAAGAAGAGAAGGGUCCCCUGACUGGGCCUGUAUGGAGAGCAACUUUAUGGCACAUAGUAGGAAUGGUCAAGUGGUAUGGAUUUGGCAUUGUCCUCAUUUAUAUUGUGACUUUGUCAAUAUUUCCGGGAUAUAUCACAGAGGAUGUGCACUCACAAAUUCUCAAGGAUUGGUACUCGAUUCUUCUCAUCACUGGCUACAAUGUGUUUGAUCUGGUUGGAAAGUCUCUGACUGCAGUAUAUCUCCUCGAAAAUGCAAAAGUCGCAAUUUGGGGCUCUGUUAUAAGGUUGCUGUUCUUUCCUCUCUUCUUGGGGUGCUUGCAUGGUCCCAAAUUCUUCCGAACAGAGAUUCCGGUGACGAUUCUGACUUGUCUUUUGGGGCUAACUAAUGGAUACUUGACAAGCGUGUUGAUGAUACUGGCUCCCAAAGUUGUCCAAUUACAACAUUCAGAGACUGCUGGGAUUGUGAUUGUAUUGUUUUUAGUUGUUGGUCUGGCUAUUGGUUCAAUUGUAUCUUGGUUUUGGGUCAUUUGAUUAUAAAGCAAUUUGCAUGGUAUUAACAGCAGCGAGACCUAGAACUUGCUAUUAUUGCCACCUCCCGGCAAUGGGAGUUGGAAUGGAUUGCCUUUGUGGUGUUUGCAUUCUGUAAAGCCUUGUAAACUAUGUUGUUAAUGGCAUUUUUCUUCUUUUC